AUGCGAGCUCCUGCAAGUCUGUUGAUCGUUUUAAUUAUUGAGGCCUUGUGCACGGCCGGAAAGCGGUGGUCAGGACCGCUGGGAUGCUCCUGGGUGUCUGGCGGCGCUACUGCCUGCAGCUGGAGCCCCGGGCCUCGGGUGCUGCAGCAGGGCGUUGAAGAUAGAAACCGUGCUCUAUCUUUUGGGUUUCCCAGUUUUUCGUCUGGCGCAUUAAUAGGAUUUAUUUGCAAAAUCGGGGAGAGACAGGGGGGGGAGCUGGUCAGGGGUCGGGGACGCGUAUCCUGCUACGGUAGCAGGAGCAGCGGCGGCAGCAGCAGCGGGAGCAGCAGGGUGCUGCUGCGGGGGUUUGCGGCCUGCGCUCCCCCCCCUCCAGCCGGUGCCGCUGCUGCUGCUGCUGCUGCUGCUUCGAAGAUGCCGAACCCGCGGGUGUUUUUCGACGUGUCGAUCGGCGGAGGCGCCGCGCGGCGCAUCGUGAUGGAGUUGUUUGCAGAUGUGACUCCAAAGACCGCGGAGAACUUCCGGUGUCUGUGCACGGGGGAGAAGGGAGUGGGCCGCAGCGGGAAGCCGCUGCACUACAAGGGCUCCAGCUUCCACCGCAUCAUCCCCGAGUUCAUGCUGCAGGGCGGGGACUUCACGCGGGGCAACGGGACCGGCGGGGAGUCCAUUUACGGGGAGAAGUUCGCAGACGAGAACUUCAACCUCCGCCACGACCGCCCCUUCCUACUCUCCAUGGCCAACGCAGGCCCCAACACCAACGGCUCCCAGUUCUUCAUCACCACUGUCGUCUGCGACUGGCUCAACGGCAAGCACUGCGUCUUUGGCCAGGUGACUGAGGGGCAGGACGUGGUGAAGGCCAUUGAGCAGGUGGGCACAACCAGCGGCAAGCCCAAGCAGCAGGUCACCAUAGUCGACUGCGGCCAGCUCUCAUGA